CUGAUGAUAGUAUCAUAACAGCGUUUAUCAGCUUCACAAAGCAGGGCAUGGCAUGGAGAACUAAAACUCUGCUUCUUGUUUGUUUCCUUUUAACUGUUAGCUUUCUUAUUGUUCAAGAUAAUAUAAGUUUAGUAGUGGAUACUAAAAACAGAGGACCGAAUGCCCCCGCAGCCGCUUCAACUUAUUUUACGUUAUCAAAACACGUACCGGAACCCCCCGACGUCAUUCAGAAUGAGAGUAAAGCAGCAGUGAGCCGUUUUGUACAACUUCCUCCAGAUACUCACAGGAAUAACCUGACAACAGUUGUUGGGAACACUGCAAAUGACGGCGGAAACGUGGAGGGUGGGGCGUUUGUCUCUCAGGCAAUCCCAGUACCCACCGUGGUUUUGUCUCCAGCAGAUCAAGAGACUGAACAUGGCUUGAGGAUAAGCCACCUGAAAACUGCGUGCGCGGCGUCCGAGGAGGAGCGCCUUGUGGAGACGAAAAAGGCGAACCUGACGGAGUUCUUCUAUUCUCAAUCACAUGACUUCGCCUAUUGUAAGGUGCCCAAGUCCGGUAGCACCUUCUGGAUGAAAGUCUUCAUGAUGCUGACAAAGGGAAAUGAUGUUUACGAGUCCCUCCAAAACAUGUCCCGGGGUGAUAUCCACGCCAAGACCCGACCCCUCAGAGUCAAUCCCGCCCGUCUGCUACGUAAGAAAGUACCGACUGUGGUCGUCUCGCGCAAUCCCUUCACGCGCCUCUUCUCUGCCUUCGUCGACAAAGUUUACCUACCCUUGUUUUGGGAACAUUUUGCGGUAAUGGAAGGGACCAAACGAUUGCCGCCGAAGCAUAUAACAACAACAAAGGAAUUUCUUAAAACUUCCAGAAAUGGACCAAUAAGUCCUAGGCUAAUUAAGCACAUGGAUCGAUUACGCCUACAAGGGAUGAUUGUUAAAAGAAACGUCACACUUAAAAUAUCUCCUAUAUGCGCAAAUAAUGCUACUUUUGAAGAUUUCUUGAAAUUUAUUAUCGGUCAAGUUAAACUAAAUAAACAUCUAGAAUCACAUUGGGCGCCUAUUUCCCAUCUUUGUCGACCUUGCAAACUGAAUACAUUCAAAAUAGUGAAACAAGAAUCGUUUUCACCCGACGUCGAACACACACUUAAUUCAGUCGGAAUAAACCUGACCGACAUUGAUUGGCUGCAUAGAUCACUGUACGAAAAUCGAGUGGAAAAUUCCAUUCCGGGUAUUGUUGCUGUUUUAGAAAGCAGGCUACACAAUAUCCAGACCAAAAUGUGUAUGUCUGACCAAGAGGCGGCUGCUAGACUUUGGAAGUCGUUCCAAAUACAGGGGUAUAUUAGUGACAUCUUAGAAGUUCCAGUAGCUUUUAAGAGUGCCAAGUUCAAAUUCAGUAAAGAGGUUGUGACAAUUGAAGUAUUAUCAGCCAUCAAGAAGAAACCGCUGUCAAACGUCCUGAGCAAACAGCAGAGGCGCAAACAUCUGAAGGAGGCUUACCGUGGUGUAAGCGAGACAACUCUUACCGCCAUACGUAACAUAUACACGCUCGACUUCAUUCUCUUUGGCUACUCUUUUGAGCUUCCUAAUUGAAUCAUGUUACAAGAUACAAGAAUAUUUUUUUUAAAGUCGGGUAUAUGUUAACAAGAAACAUUAGCUCAAUGAGCUAUUUUCCGACAUGAAUAACACUCAAACAUAACAUAUCAAAACAUAACAAUGAGCUUGUGACCUAGAAAUAAAAGCAAACUGUUUAACAUACUAGGUACAAAGACAAAUGCUUCACCUUAAAUAACUCUACUUUAUUCCUGGCGUACUUGUGUAAUAUCUUUAUCCAUGCAUCAAAACAAGGUUUGAAUGAAUGGCCAUCUAAUUUGUACAUAAUUGUUUACUGUACAUGUAAUUUCAUUUUACACGAUGAGCAUAUAAACAAACGUUGGACAUGCCAUUUAGAAAAGUAACCAUAAUGUCAUGUUGUAUUUAGAGGGUUAUCCAUUUGAAUUGCAGAGGUAAAACUUGAUAUUUCAGCUUGCAUCCUAAUCUGGGAGGAUUGUUUUGCGAUUUAAUAAAUCUUUGUCUUCUCUU